AGCCUGCCAGCGGGAAGGAGCUGCCGGCACCGGAGAAAUGCUGAGAAGCCUGAAGAGACUUGUCUGUCAUCCUCAAAAGCUGGACCAUGCCUAUGCCCUCCACACAGCAGCCAGGGAUUGCUUAGGUGCUGCUGUCAGCCAGGAUGUCCAGACCCCAGCAGAGAGACCAAGAGCAAUUUUCUGCACCAGCGAGAGCGACCCUGCCAAGCACACGGAGCAGCACGAGGGUCGCCACUACACCAUUCCACUGGAGGAGGUGAAGGUUGUGUUUCCACAUGGGCUGCCCCCUCGCUUCCAGCAGCAGAUUAAGACCUUCAAUGAAGCCUGCCUGAUGGUGAGGAAACCAGCUCUGGAACUUUUCACUUACCUGAAGAACUCCAACUUUGCCCACCCAGCUGUCAGAUACCUGAUCUAUGGUGAGAAAGGGACAGGGAAGACCAUGACUCUGUGCCACGUGGUUCACUACUGCAUGAGGCAGGGCUGGCUGGUGCUGCACAUCCCUGAUGCUCACCUCUGGGUGAAAAACUGCAGGGAGCUGCUGCAGUCAUCCUACAAGAAGGAAAGACUUGAUCAGCCUUUGCAGGCAGCUUUCUGGCUCAAGAACUUCAAGACCUCAAAUGAGCGCUUCCUGAAGGAGAUCAAAACCCAGAGGAAAUAUGUUUGGGGCAGAAAGGAGAGCACUGAGGAGGGCAGACCGCUGGGUGAGGUGGUGGAACAGGGUCUAGCUCGUGCCAGGAUUGCCUGUGAUGCUGUGGGGGUUGUGCUGAAGGAGCUGAGGCAGCAGUGCCAGCUUGGCUCCUUCCGGCUUCUCGUGGCGGUGGACGGCGUCAACGCGCUCUGGGGGAGGACCACCUUGAAGAAGGAAGACAAAAGCCCUGUUUCUCCUGAGGAGCUGACCCUUGUGUACAACCUGAGGAAGAUGAUGAUGAAUAAUUGGAACGGAGGUGCUGUUGUGGCAACCCUCAGCCAGACUGGCUCCCUCUUCAAACCCAGCUCUGCCUAUUUGCCCCAGGAGUUGCUGGGAAAGGAGGGCUUUGAUGCUCUGGACCCCUUCGUCCCCAUCCCGGUCCCCAAUUACAGCCCGAUGGAGUUCGAGAGCUGCUACCGCUACUACCUCGACCGCAAGUGGCUACAGCACGAGAAAGCGCACACGGAGGACGGGAAGGAGGAGCUGCGGUUCCUGAGCGGCUCCAACCCGCGGCAGCUGGAGCGGCUGGCGGCACCCCUCUAGCGCAAUAAA